GCGGGCUGGGGGCGGGGACGCGCGGGGACAAAGGCCGCGGGAGGCGGGCGGGACCGGCCGUGCGCCGCGCGCUCGGGGACCCGGGACCCCGGACCUGGCCGCGCGCCCCGUGCGCCCCGCGCAGCCGGUGCAGCCGCCGCCAUGCAGCACCCGGGGCGCGCUCGGGACCAGCCCUCGGGCCCCCCGCCCGCUCCGCCUCCCCCCUCCCCUCCCCCCCUGCCCCCGCCCCCUCUCCCCAGCCCCGCGGCGGCGCCCGGCUCCGCGAACAUGGCGGCGGCGGGCGGGCGGGACACCCUACCUGAGCACUGGACCUACGGCGUGUGCCGCGACGGCCGCGUCUUCUUCAUCGACGACCAGCUCCGCCGCACGACCUGGCUGCACCCGCGCACCGGCGAGCCCGUCAACUCCGGGCACAUGAUCCGCUCAGACCUGCCCCGCGGCUGGGAGGAGGGCUUCACCGAGGAGGGCGCCAGCUACUUCAUCGACCACAACCAGCAGACCACAGCAUUCAGACAUCCUGUGAGUGGCCAGUUUUCUCCAGAAAAUAGUGAAUUUAUUCUUCAAGAAGAGCCAAAUCCACAUAUGUUGAAGCAAGAGAGAAGCCAAAGACCGUCCAGCAUGGUCAGUGAAACGUCCAUAGCAGGGACCAGUUCCACCGUGGAGGCCAAGCCUGGGCCCAAGAUCAUUAAGUCCAGCAAUAAAGUUCAUAGCUUUGGGAAGAGGGACCAGGCCAUUCGGAGGAACCUCAACGUACCAGUGGUGGUGAGGGGCUGGCUGCACAAGCAGGAUAGUUCUGGGAUGCGGCUGUGGAAGAGGAGAUGGUUUGUGCUGGCUGAUUACUGCUUGUUUUACUAUAAAGACAGCCGAGAAGAAGUGGUUCUUGGGAGCAUCCCUUUGCCCAGCUAUGUGAUCUCGCCAGUGACGCCUGAGGACCGCAUAAAUCGCAAGUAUUCCUUUAAGGCCGUCCACACCGGGAUGCGAGCACUCAUCUCUAGCGGCCCGCAGACAGAGCUGUCUGGCAUGAGGACCUACUAUUUCAGUGCCGACACCCUGGAGGACAUGAAUGUGUGGGUCAGGGCCAUGAACCAGGCUGCUCAGGUUCUGUCUCGAUCGUCAUUAAAGAGAGACAUGGAAAAAGUGGAGCGGCACGCAGUCCCGCAGGCCAACCACGCAGAGUCCUGCCGCGAGUGUGGCCGUGUGGGUCCCGGACACGCUAGGGACUGUUCUCAUCAUCGCAGCCACGAAGACUCCUUUGGCUUCGAGAGGCGGGAGCAGGAGGAAGAGCGCUAUCACCACCAGAGGGAUAGGAGCAAGGCCAGGUCGCCAUACUCACCAGCCGAGGACGAUGCCUUGUUUGUGGAUCCACCCGGGAGCCUGCGAGGGCAGCAGGCACAGCCCCAGUGGGCAGAAAAGAAUGGCACGCUGCCUGGCACAUACGGUCCGGGGGAGCAGAAUGGGACUGGUGGAUUCCCGCGGGCUUAUCCUCUCAGGACCAACCCUGAAAAGCACAGCCAGAGAAAGAGCAACCUGGCCCAGGUGGAGCACUGGGCGAAGGCCCAGAAGGGAGACGGCAGGAGCCUGCCCCUGGACCAAACCCUUCCUCGCCAGGGCCCCAGCCAGUCUCUGUCCUUCCCAGAAAGCUAUCAGACUCUCCCCAAGAGUACCCGGCACCCCUCGGGGAGCUCCUCGCCGCCGCCUCGCAACCUGCCCAGCGACUACAAGUACGCGCAGGACCGAGCCAGCCACCUGAAGAUGUCCAGCGAGGAGCGCCGGGCUCACCGCGAUGGCACCGUGUGGCAGCUGUACGAGUGGCAGCAGCGCCAGCAGUUCCGGCAUGGCAGCCCCACGGCGCCCAUCUGCUCCGGCUCCCCGGACUUCACCGACCAGGGCCGCAGCAGGAGCAUGCUGGAGGUGCCCCGCUCCAUCUCUGUGCCUCCGUCGCCCUCGGACAUCCCUCCCCCAGGACCCCCGAGGGCCUUCCCGACCCGGAGGCCACACACGCCAGCAGAAAGGGUCACCGUGAUACCGUCGGAUCAGAGGAGGAGCGUGGACAUCUCGCUGGGGAGUUCGCCCAGGAAGGCACAUGGCCACACCGCCAAGCAGAACUCCUCCCACGUGGACCGGCGCUCCAUGCCCUCCAUGGGUUACAUGACCCACACCGUCAGCGCACCCAGCUUACACGGGAAGUCGGCUGACGACACCUACCUCCAGCUAAAGAAAGACCUGGAGUACCUGGAUCUCAAGAUGACAGGCCGGGACCUUCUCAAGGAUCGAAGUCUGAAGCCGGUGAAAAUCGCCGAGAGCGACACUGACGUCAAACUGAGCAUCUUCUGUGAACAAGAUCGGAUCCUCCAGGACCUGGAAGACAAGAUCCGAGCCCUCAAGGAGAACAAAGACCAGCUGGAGUCUGUGCUGGAGGUCUUGCACAGACAGAUGGAGCAGUACCGAGAGCAGCCCCAGCACCUGGAGAAGAUCGCCUCUCAGCAACGGCUGCUGCAGGAGGACCUGGUCCACAUCCGGGCAGAACUCUCCCGAGAAUCCACUGAAAUGGAAAAUGCCUGGAAUGAGUACUUGAAGCUGGAGAGGGAUGUGGAACAGCUGAAGCAGACCCUGCAGGAGCAGCACAAAAGAGCCUUUUUCUUCCAGGAGAAAUCACAGAUCCAGAAGGAUCUAUGGAGAAUUGAAGAUGUCAUUGCAGGCCUGAGUGCAAAUAAAGAGAACUUCAGAAUCCUGGUGGAUUCGGUCAAAAACCCAGAGAGAAAAACGGUGCCUUUGUUUCCUCACCCGCCUGUGCCUUCACUCGCUUCACUCACUUCUGAGAGCAAGCCACCCCCUCAGCCCAGCCCCCCCACCAGCCCUGUGCGGACCCCUCUGGAGGUUCGACUCUUCCCCCAGCUGCAAACGUACGUGCCGUACAGACCUCAUCCACCCCAGCUGAGGAAAGUGACGUCACCCCUUCAGUCGCCCACCAAGAUGAAGCCCAGAGUUGAAGAUGAGGCACCUCCCAGGCCACCACUCCCUGAACUCUACAGUCCGGAGGACCAGCCUCCAGCCGUGCCACCCCUGCCCAGGGAGGCCACCGUCAUCCGGCACACUUCUGUGAGGGGCCUCAAGCGGCAGUCAGACGAGAGGAAGCGGGACCGGGAGCAGGGCCAGUGCGUGAACGGGGACUCGCGGGGGGAGCUCCGAUCCUAUGUGAGUGAGCCCGAGCUGACGACCUUCAGUGGGGACACGACCCAGCCCUCCCUGGGCCUCACGGGCACUGAGAGCAGGUACCAGACGCUGCCGGGCAGAGGGCUCUCGGGAUCCACGUCACGGCUCCAGCAGCCCUCCACCAUCGCUCCCUACGUCACCCUCCGGAGAGGCGGCAACACAGAAAGCAGCAAGGUGACCUUCCCCUUCCCUAGACCCAAGAGUGCCUUGGAGCGCCUGUACUCAGGGGAUCACCAGCGGGGCAAGAUGAGCGCGGAGGAGCAGCUGGAACGCAUGAAGCGGCACCAGAAGGCCCUGGUCCGAGAACGCAAGAAGACUCUGAGCCAAGGAGAGAGGGCGGGCCUGCCCUCCUCCCGCUACCUCGGCCAGCCGCUCCCAGGAGAUCUCGGCUCAUGGAAGCGUGAGCAGGAUUUUGACCUGCAGUUGCUGGACCGGGCCAUCCAAGGGGGAGAGAAGGACAAGGAAGAGAAUGGCUGGUUGAAAGUGCAGGCCAUGCCUGUCACUGAGUUGGACCUGGAACCACAAGACUAUGAUUUGGACAUCAGCAGAGAGCUGUCCAAACCUGAGAAGGUCCCCAUCCCCGAGCGCUAUGUGGAGCUGGAUCCGGAAGAGCCACCCAGCCUGGAAGAGCUGCAGGCACGUUACCGGAAGGCAGAGAAGAUUCGCAACAUCCUUGCUCGCUCCAGCAUGUGCAACCUGCAGCCGACGGCAGGCCAGGACCACAACAGCGUGGCGGACAUGGACUCACAGCUGCAGGAGCAGGAGCGCGUCAUCAACAUCUCCUACGCCCUGGCCUCCGAGGCCUCGCAGCGCAGCAAGCAGGUGGCAGCACAGCAGCUGGCUCUCCUCCCGCCUAAAGCCCCGCUGUCCUCCAGGACGGUGCCACCUUAUCCCCCCUUAAGCAACGGACUCCACUACACCUUUGUCUAACAUCUGCCAACCCAGGCAGUGACUGACCCGUGACUCGGCCGGCGUGCAGAGGUGACAGCUGGAGCCCAGGCUCCCAUGGAACCAGUUUCCUCCAAGAAGACUGAACUUUCUUCCCACCCACCCCCACCCCCAAGGAAACCCCUUCCCGCAGGCAGGGGCUCCUAAUGGAGGAAGGGGUGGCCACCACGGCACCGUGCCCCACCACCCCGCCCCCCAACUCUCGUCUUGGUGCAGACUCCCUUUUUACACCUGGCAAAGGCACUUUUGAUACACACUUGUAAAAAUACGGAGACUGUCUUUUAGAAUCAGAAUAUAUUUUAUAAUGUUCACCUCAAGGGCUGAGUGGCAGGGAAAAUGGGGGGGACCAGGGGAACUGCAUGUACCCCCUGGGGUGGCAAGUGGUAGGUGGGAGUCAGGGGGGAGGGAAGCCCACCAGCGGAUGAACUCAGGUGAAGGUUGGAUCUGAGGAUGUGAUUCUGGGAGUCCAGCACUGGGCUGCUUGGCGUGUGCUGUGGGUGAGGGUUCCACCGUUCCCUGACCUGUCCAGCCUGCUGAGCGACUCUGGAGAGCUGAGACUUGCCCUGGUUGAUGCUCAGAGCCCAAGUCUGUGCCUUGGCCAACGGGUUUGGUUCUGGGACAGCGGUCUGUGUGGUGCCCAACCCCAUUCCCGAGGUUCUGUGAGAUAAACGCUUUCUCCUCAGAAGGGAAAAUGCAGUCUGCUUUAAUUUUUAAGAUACGUUUUGAAAUAUAGGAAAGCUGAGAGGAAGGACCUCUUACUGUAUUGUAAGCAAUAAAUGCCAUGCUGGGUGGCAUCUACCCAAAGCUCCCUGACUCUGUCCCAGCUUGGCUUCUCCACUGCCCACUCUAGAGACACCCUGGUCUUGGGUCUGUUUGCAGAAAGGCACCAGUGUGCCUCUACCUCCCCUACCAGCUGGCGACCAGCAGGGACCUGGAGGCAGGACUGUGACUUGACUUUCAGCCCAAAACAAGGAAUGGGACAGCUGAGCCAGGCAGUGUCUGCAGUUCUUUCUCUAAAAUAAUAAUAAAAUAAAUCACAAGCUCAUAAUCUUCUGCAAACAGAAAAUGCUGUUUCAAAGGAACAAAAACUCCAGUGGGUGAAACCACACUUUAAAUGAGAAAAUUCUCUUUAACUAUGGUCAGGAAAAAAAAAAAUCUUGAAUAUAUUUAGAAGUUGCUAUUUUUAACUAACUCCAUAUGCUGCCAGUAUCGACUUCAUGGUAUUUGCCAAAAUAAGAUUUUAUUUUUUGCCUUUAUAAGAUUUUGUUGUGUGGGGGGGACAAAUAUGAAAUGAAUAUUUUGCAGGAGAAAAAGUUAAUUUAAAUAAAAGUGUGAUGGUUUGCAAAAAAAAAGGAAAAAGAAAGAAAACAGAAAAGAAAUGUGAUGUACAGAUUAAAAUAUUAACCUGGU